AUGUCAUAUGAUCUCGUGGAUCCGGCCCUUGAGCUGUCCGAUCCUUGUCCGGAUAUUCAUUUGCUGUUCAUCGACUUCAAUGAUCGUUUUUUCGAAGGUACACUGGCGAGAUGUGAAGUGAAAUGGAGCCCUAGGAUGUAUUCAUGUGCUGGAGUUUGUUCAUAUGAAGGGCGAAGUGGAAUGUGCUCGAUUCGCUUGAGUCUACCUCUUUUGAAGCUGAGACCAAGAAAAGAUCUUGUCGAAACUUUGCUGGUUGCACGAAAUGAUCCAUGCGUUCCUUUUUGUCACCAAGCGGAAUCGCGACAGAGAUGGCCAUGGACCAGACUUUCAGUAUCAUAUGUGCAGCUCUUUCCUCUGCCCUCUACCUUUACUUUUAUUGCCCCUGUUUAUAGGUGUGAUGGCCCAUGCCGUAAUCGGAAGCCCUUUUAUGGUUAUGUUAAGCGAUCAUCGAAUCGGGCUCCUGGUCCCAAUGAUUUAUGGUGGAGUGCACAUAAGUCAAGUUGCAAUGGUAAGCCCUUUGCCUUUAGCAACCUCCUAGAGAUCUUCACUUACCUAGGUACUUUCCAAAAGAUCCAGGAACCCGAGGGUUACGGACAGAAGAAAAGGAAAGCGACUAAUAACGAAAAUGCCGUCCCUGAAAAGAAGAUCUCUCCCAAUAAUUCUCUGGAUAAAUACUUCACCGGAAAGGGUCAUGUAUUAGGUACAUUAUCGUCUAGUCAAAGUGCUCUUACUGUAAAGAACUCUAAACUCUUGGAUUUGUAUUCUUCCAACACUGCCAAUAAUCUUUCUUCAAAUGGUAAGCUUCACAAAAUUUUCCCCUCUAUUUUUUGCUAG